GGUAUCAAUGUAGCAUAAGCGACGUGUAACACAGCUACGAUCGGAGCUUAAAACGCUCUAGCGACUUACACGCUCCUCCUCCUCCCAACGCGCCAGUCGCCUCAACUCCUCCGUUCACGUCCAUAUACUUCAUCUCUUUAUUCUACAUUACCAGCCAUGGGUCUCUCGGUCUCUCGUCUGCUCUCCGGCCUUUUUGGCAAGAAAGAGAUGCGGAUAUUGAUGGUCGGACUGGACGCUGCCGGUAAGACGACCAUCCUAUACAAGCUCAAGCUAGGAGAGAUCGUCACAACCAUCCCUACAAUCGGUUUCAACGUUGAGACGGUCGAAUACAAGAACAUUUCCUUCACUGUGUGGGAUGUUGGAGGACAGGACAAGAUCCGUCCCCUCUGGAGGCAUUACUUCCAAAACACCCAGGGUAUCAUCUUCGUCGUUGACUCGAACGACCGGGAGCGUAUCUCGGAGGCACGCGAGGAGUUGCAACGGAUGCUCAACGAGGAUGAGCUCCGUGAUGCGCUGCUGCUUGUCUUCGCCAACAAGCAGGAUCUUCCUAACGCCAUGAGCGCUGCUGAGAUCACCGACAAGCUUGGUCUCCACGGUCUCAGGCAGAGGACGUGGUUCAUUCAGGCGGCAUGUGCGACUAGCGGCGAUGGUCUCUACGAGGGUUUGGAGUGGUUGAGUGCCAACAUCAAGCGGCGGGUGUAAACGCGUUUUCUUCCUCAUCGUCUCUGGGUCUCUUCAACGUUGUCGUCGCACGAUCCUUACGAUAUGAAGAUUCUGCUAUUGCACGUCGUCUCUGCUCAUUUCUUCAGCUGCGUAGCGUGAUUACCGUUCUCUCUAGUCGUGAUAAAUUUGUUUCCUGUCACAUAUGAUUUUGACGCUUAUUCUCCAAUGUUCCCAAGGGGUGCAUGAAAAAGCUCCUGGUCCUUAGGUCCUAGGUCUUAGCUCCUGCGUCUUGACUAGGGCGAAUCGUAGAACGAUAGCGCGGUCCGGGUAUAUCCAGAAGUUCCAUUGCCGUUACCAAUGCGUCUGUCGUCAUACAAGUAAUAAGUUACUGCGAAUCUUCCCCUCUAAGCUAC